AACAUCUUUCAGUGUGACACAAAACAACUGUGCGGUAGGAAAGGUUCUUCUCUUUUUUUUCAGGCCUCAAAGUUUCAACCAGUUUGACCGAAGUGUCUUUUUAUGAGUUUAUGAGUGUAACAAACACUAACUAAACAACCCCACUUGCAGUAAACACACCAACAACCGCUGCUUUUAUCGAACGCUCGUUGCGUCGUUAUUAACCAGCAAGCGGGUUAGGAUGCAAAAAUGAUGCUAAACCCAUCCGCCGGGUUGCCAGACGACCGGAGCUCCAUGUACAGCCAGUCCAAAAGCAGCGUGCACAGGUGUGGAGACAAAACCAGCCCCAUCAGCGUCAUUCUGGUCAGCUCUGGCAGCCGAGGGAACAGACUCCUCUUCCGGUACCCGUUCCAAAGAGCGGCGAAAUGCCCGUCAUCUCUCACAGCUAAACAACGAAGUCCAUAUGCACUGAACACAACAGGCGAUGGUCUUGAAGAUCAGGAUGGUGAUUCAAGGGAACAAUCUCCACUAACUGACGAACAGUUGGUAGCAGGGUUCUCCGACAUCAUCCUCUCCACUAUACUCGCCACCAAGUCCGACAUGUGCGGGAAGAAGUUUGAACUGAAGAUAGACAACGUUCGGUUUGUGGGUCACCCGACUCUCCUGCACCAUCCUCCCAUCAUUCAGGUUUCUAAAACGGAUCCUUCUCCUAAGAGAGAGAUGCCGACGAUGAUCUUGUUCAACGUGGUGUUUGCACUAAGGGCGAACGCUGACCCCUCCGUCAUCAGCUGCAUGCACAACCUGUCGCGCCGCAUCGCUAUAGCCCUGCAGCACGAGGAGCGGCGCUGCCAGUAUCUGACCCGAGAGGCCAAGCUGAUGCUCGCCGUCCAGGAUGAGAUCACCACCAUGACUGAGACAGAUGGAAGCCCUCAAUCCCCGUUCAGGCAAAUUCUUCCCAAAUGCAAACUAGCCAAGGACCUGAAGGAGGCGUAUGACAGCCUGUGUACGACUGGCGUGGUGCGACUACAUAUCAACAACUGGCUGGAGGUGAGUUUCUGUUUACCUCACAAGAUCCACAGGAUUGGUGGCAAUCACAUUCCCCCAGAGGCUUUGGAGCGCAGCCUCAAAGCUAUCAGACCUUACCACGCUCUGCUGUUGUUGGAAAGUGAGAAGGCUCUGCUAAGCCAGCUUCCCCUGGACUGCUCGCCCGCGAUGGUGCGCCUCAUCAAGACGUGCUCGGCGGUGAAGAACCUGCAGCAGCUCGCCCAGGACGCUGACCUGGCCUUGCUUCAGAUUUUUCAAAUUGCUGUACACUUGGUUUACUGGGGCAAAGCCAUCAUCAUCUACCCACUGUGUGAGAACAACGUGUACAUGCUGUCGCCUCAUGCCAACAUCGGCCUAUACUCGUCACUGGCUGAGCAUUUUGCCCAGCAAUUUCCUGGUCAUGAUCUGCCCACCAUGUUAGCCAAGUUCUCUCUCCCCGUCUCACUGGCCGAGUUCAGAAACCCACUGGAGGCUCCUGCACAAGAGGCCCAGCUAAUCCAGAUGGUGGUGUGGAUGCUUCAGCGCCGCCUGCUGAUCCAGCUGCACACCUACGUUUGCCUGCUGGUGCCGCCCAGCGAGGACGAGCCCGGCCUGAGGGACGACGACCCUCCGCUGGUCGCCAGAGUGGGGAGCCGCAGUCUGAGCACGCCCAGUGCUCUCAGCUUCGGUUCUCCAACCAGCAGUGAUGACAUGACCCUCACCAGUCCCAGUAUGGACAACUCCAGUGCGGAGCUGCUGCCCGGUGGAGACUCACCGCUGAACAAGAGGAUGACGGAGACGCUGCUCGCCAGCCUGUCGGAGCACGAGCGGCAGGUGAUCCUCAACAUCCCCGCUGCACAAAAUCCUGAGGAUCUGCGAAUGUUUGCCAGGCUGCUACACUACUUUCGGGGACAUCAUCACCUGGAAGAGAUCAUGUACAACGAGAACAUGCGGCGCUCGCAGCUCAAGACGCUGUUUGACAAGUUCCGCAGCGUCCUCGUGGUGACCAACCACGAGGACCCCAUCAUCUCAAUCUUCCAGUCGCCGAUGGAGUAGUGACACGGAUGUGUUGUUUUAAAAAAUCAGCUGAAUCUGUGUUUACAGAAGUGUUUUAUGAGCCAAAUGUUUGUUUACAGUAUUAAAUUAUUUUGUACAUAC